AUGAUUCUGUACUUCAUUGAUAUAGCCCAAGAGAACAUAGGGUUGCACUUGGCUAAUAAGUUAACAUCAGCUCAUAUUGAUUGGCGGAAAAACAUAAUGAAGGUGAAAAUGGCCGCACAGACCUUAAGCUCGUCAACUGCUGAUGCAAUACAAUUCCUUAGGUCGUUAGAAGAAUCUACAUUUAAAAACAGUGAAGCUACUGAACAAUUUAUUAGGGUAAUAGAUAGAAUAUUUGACUUUCUUAAUACCCGUAACCCCUUUGGUAAAGGAUUUAAAAAACCAUUAUACAGAGACAACAUUAAAGAAGUGGAAAAUAUGAUAAAACCUUUGGUAGACUAUUUGUUAAGUCUAACAGAUAUUAAAGGAAUCCCAAUUCAUUCAACUCCUAGGAAAACAUUUGUGAUCGGUCAGUGA